CUCGACGACAUCCUCCUUGCCCGGCUAGCACCAACGCUGGUGCCGUCUUGUCUCUGUUUCAGCACGUUUUCUCCCUCUGCGUCGGUCACGGACAGCAUGGUUCUUCCCUGGUAUAAAUAGUAGUCAUUACAUCACGGAUGUAGACAAGCCUACUAGCGUGUCUCAUCUGGAGAAGCAAACAGACGAUAGAGGCGGGGGAAAACAGGAUGGAGGGAGAAAGAGUAGCAAAGCGACUCGGGAUUGAGUGCACUCCGCUUGCCCCUGUUAACGUUUGCUCCAUUUUGGGGGCUCCCGAAAACCCAUCGCACGAACACGUCAGCCAGCACGUCUGUGACACGGUCUCAGGAGAUGCCUCGGAAGAAGAAGGGCCUAAAGAUACCGGGAAGAUAAGCACUGGAUGGAUUAGUAUGCCGACAGAGAUAUGUACUAUGCAUAUAUUUUAGCCUGGCCGCUCGACAAGACAUGUACUUGGUUGUGACUUUCGCAGUCUCUCUGAGGAUCCAUAACAGAUUUACGAGCAGCAGUUCAAGGACGCGAAGGACGAAAGCCGCUCUCGGAAAACGCAAGCGCAACACAACGUGAUCCCAUCCCUUUCCAUUCGACGCUGCUUCAUUCGACUUUCCUUGCUCUUUUUCACUCGUUCUCUCCGAUUGCUAUCAUUUGCUGGCCUUUCGUACUAUUUUGUUUCGGUAGGAACAAUCGUCAAAGAGUGUAAAUAGAUCCAUUCACUACCAUUUUGUCGCUACGGUUUCGAUUCGAAAUAACAUUGCUGCUCUUUGUACUCUAUUGGCUUACUUUAAGGGAAAUUUGAAUAUUGC